AAGAGAAAAUAGCGCUCGAAAAUUAUAGAAAUCUUUCAGAUUUAUUGUAUAGUUUAUAAAAAUAAAUUUAAAAACAAUAAUAUAAUACAAGGUUUGUAGACUUUUUAUAAGAAAUGGACGAACAACCUCAUCUUAGAUUCAACCCUUUGAAAGACGAGUGGGUUGUCGUAUCACCACACCGCACAAAGCGACCAUGGAAAGGACAAGUCGAGAAGCCACAAGAAACGAUGAUCCCUAGACGAGAUUUAAAUAAUCCGCUUGUCCCUUCGGCUGUGCGUGCUAGCGGAGCAAAGAAUCCAGAGUAUAGCGGUGUCUAUGUGUUUAACAACGACUUUCCAGCGUUGUUAGAAGAAGGAGAGUGCAGUAAAAGGUGUGAUGAUAGUGAUGGGGGGUUGUUUCAAAGUGCCCCAGCUCGGGGUACCUGCAGAGUGAUGUGUUUCCAUCCUUGGUCGGAUAUGAUACUGCCUCUGAUGGACACCAAGGAUGUCGUCAAGGUUGUUGAAGAAUGGAUAAGUCAGUUUGUCGAGUUGUCUGAGAAAUAUCGCUGGGUUCAGGUAAGUUUGGGGUCAUUGACAAUUGGCCAUAAUUUGCACCCUCCCCCUCUGGGUAUCCAAUGGGGGAGGAGGGGGUUUUCACAUUAAAUUUUCCUGGAGGGUAGCCUAUGGGAUUAAGAUUUGAUGUUUUAGUGAUAUCAAAGGGGGACGAACAAUGGGAGGAUGGGGUGCCUUACGGAAAGACCCAAUAGCAACAAAUAGGUUUUGUCUUGCUAUCAUAGACCAGUGUUUGGCAGGGCAGGUGCAGUAAAGGCAUGUGCUUGUCUCCGGGACAAAGACAUUGACUCUUCAUGGAUUGGGCAAUAUGUCAAGUCCAUGCCUGUAGAAAAUAGUCCUCGCCCUGAAGUUAAUGGAGCGACGCUACCUCCAAAGUCUAAAGGUCUAACUCCAAACCAAAAGAUAUACUUGAGUAACUUGUGUGAUUCAAAACUGAGUUGAAAUAUGAAUUGUGGAGUUACUGGCUAACUCAAAAAUCAUUUGGAGCUCAGUAUAAUCCCAAAAAGCAUGAAAAAAUUGGUAUCUAAGCCUUGAGUUACGGCCAACUGCCUAACUUCAAAGAGUGUGUGUAGCGAGGCGAGCCAGCCUAGCUGCUAGGUAGGUGAGCUAGUUAUCUAGCGGCACACUUGGUAUUUUAUUCUCGAUCAGAGGCUAAAUUUUGAUCUGCAGUUGCGGCACAACCCAUUCUAGUUCCCCUUGACAUGCUCUGUUGACCACAUGUAAGAUGGGCUCUGGGUACGAGAAUGUGGCAUGGCCCAGCUCCAUUUGAAGAUUGGCUACCUCCACAAAAAUAAAAUCUACAGGUAUGGUUAAGUCUGUGAUGAUGAGACCCGACUAACUUCGAAACGGGUUACUAGCUUCCCAUCAUGCUACUAGACAAAGGGCCUUUGCUUGAAACGUUGAAGUUCUGCUUAUAUUUUCCAGGUUGUAUCUCUCUCAAUUUACAACCGGUCUUGUCUUCAUUGCUAUCUGUAUAACAACUUUGUCACCAACACCAGCCCUCGAAAACGAGGUUGGCAUUCCGCAAUACUCACCUAAAUGCCGACCUAUCAACCUCCCAGGUCAGAAAAUUUUUGCCGACCUUAAUUCAGCCAAAGUAAAAAUUUGUUGGUGCUGAUAGCUGUUACAGGUAAACUACGUGAAGCGUUCCUCUUUUGAGUUUCUAAAUUGAUUGCAAUUUUCCUCAUUACUUUUGCAAUUUAAAAAACUCCCUUGCAAAUCCCUUGAGGGAAUUUGCAAUGUUGCUAAAAGCCAAAAAAAUUUUCCUCAGUUCCUGUUAGAAGUUCCUAACUUCCUGUUACAAGUUCCUAACUUCCUGUUCUGUUCUGGGCGUUGCAAUUGGCUAACAAAAAUAAUCGACCAAUUACAACGCUCAGAACAGAACAGGAAGUUAGGAAAUUAAAACAGGAAGUUAGGAAAAUUUAAAAUGAAGUUUGGAAUAUUGCAACAGCCGAUAGGAACAUUGCAAAUUCCCUCAAGGGAUUUGCAAAGAGUUUUUCAAAUUUGCGAAGCUAAUGAGGAAAAUUCCAAAUGAGUUACGAAGUCAAAAGAGGAACGCUUCACGUAGUUUACCUGUAAAAAGUCAGCGAUUAUAGAAUUUGAUUCGUAGUUCGAUUAACUAAACACACUUUGGUGUAAAGUUUAAAAAUUGACGGGUAUUCUAUAUAUAAUUUUAGGGAUGAGCCGAUUAAUCGGCUUGGCCGAUUACCACCCAAUUUUUAAUAAUCGGUAAUCGGCCUAUUAUUGACCAGUUUCUUUUUUCUAUUAGAAAUAAAUGAAAAUCUGUGUAUUCAUUCAUGUUUAACAAUCUUUUCACGUUAUAGAGUGGCAUGCAGCUGCUACACAAAUACGCACAAAUAAGAUCUUGCAUUUAUCUCACCUCUUAUCUCUUCAUCAGAAAUGCAAUUAUUAAAUACGAAAAUAAUAACAUUUAUACAUGUAACCCCCAUGACAGGAAUACAUUGUUACAUGAAAGAAAAGAGAAUGUCAUGAAAAAGAAGUGGAAAACUUUUCAAUUUGCAUCCAGCUUUAGAAGGGAGGAAGAGACAUGAAUGAAUGCUAGAGAUACUGUAGCUGAGUGGUUUGCUAGAUUAGCUUCUCAAGUUUCAUUUUAAUGCUCAAAAGCAUCUGAGGUUCAUCAGGACAACUAACGCCUAUUGGUAAAUGCAUGUAAAUAAUCGGCUUUGGCCGAUUAUUACGUAUUAUCGGCCACCGAUUAAUCGAAUCGGCAAUUUCAGCGAUCGGCUCAUCCCUAUAUAAUUUAGAUACGACUCCAAAAGAAAAGCCGUCGAUCGUGUUAAUUAAAUAUGUAGUUUGUGUUUCCGCGGAAAACGGCAUGCUUUAUAUUCCGAUUUCAAUGAUUCGCAAAUACGUGAUUACUAGUGCUCCAAGACAUGUAAACAGAUUUUAAAAAAUGCCGAGACGUGCCGACCUAGGUUAGAUUUAGGUCGGCAUUUUUUUGCCGACCUCAAUUUUGACGGUUUUCGAGGGCUGCAACACCAUUUAAUAGUAACUAUCAUUAUUUUAGAUAUUUGAAAAUCGUGGUGAAAUAAUGGGCUGUUCCAAUCCUCACCCUCACUGUCAAAUCUGGGCAAGCUCGUUUCUUCCGAACGAACCCUCGGCUGAAGACAAAGCUCAAAAGGCAUAUCUUUCAAAACAUGGGACACCACUACUUGUGAAAUACAUUAGCCUCGAACUGACCAAAAAGGAACGAAUUGUUGUGGAGAAUGAGCAUUGGUUAGCUGUGGUACCAUAUUGGGCAGUGUGGCCUAACGAAACCUUGCUACUUCCAAAACGGCAUGUCUUACGGCUGCCUGAUUUAACGAAAGAGGAACAAGAAUCCUUGGCAGUUAUAAUGAAACAACUUGUAACAAAAUAUGAUAAUUUAUUCCAAUGUGCAUUUCCGUACUCAAUGGGCUGGCAUGGAGCGCCAACCGGUUCAGAGGACACAGACUGUCACCAUUGGCAACUUCACGCCCAUUAUUAUCCACCAUUAUUGCGGUCGGCUACCAUAAAAAAGUUCAUGGUUGGUUACGAGAUGUUGGCCUCACCACAAAGGGAUCUGACUGCCGAACAAGCCGCAAGCAAGUUGAGAGAACUUCCUGAUGUGCAUUAUAAACUAACGAAAAAUUAACAACAAUGAAUUGCAAGUGUAGAUACGUUCAAGCUGCUACACUAAAAGCUGCCACAACAUUUAUGGAAAACAAUAGACCUUUCCCCUUUUAAGUGAAAUUUUUAUCUAGACAAGUUUGGACAAAAAUUUCAUCACAGCUUGAAAGAGCAUCACAAAAUUAGUAAUAUUCCGAAGUUUUGUUGCGAAAUGUUGUAAAAUGCGGAUGAUAUAGCCUUGCGAAGUUUGCCGUUUUUCAGUCAUUUGGUAUUACAAACGGGAAAUUGAUAAUCAGUUUGAUCAUCUGAUUAUCAAUUUCCAUUUGUAAUGCAAAAUGACUGAAAAACGGCAAACUUCGCAAGACUAUAUCAUCCGCAUUUUACAACAUUUCGCAACGAAACUUCGGAAUAUUACUAAUCUUGUGAUGCUCUUUCAAGCUGUGAUGAAAUUUUUGUCCAGACUUGUCUAGAUCAAAAUUUCACUUAAAAGGGGAAAGGUCUAUUGAUGAUAUAGUUUUGUGAAGCAGAGCAGUCAAGCAUCACCAUAAAUCGGGACAUUUAAAUAUUUUUGCAAAAUUUCAUGCUGAAAAUUAAUUCAUAUACACUGGGAAAAUAAUUAAAGAUAAUAUUUGUAUUAUUUGAUAUAGGACACAUUUCAAUAAUUCAUACACUAAUUACCAUCAGUCAAGUCUAUCAAAUAUGUAGGGUUGCGGUUAGGAUAAUUCAUUAAGAAAACUAGAGGGCACUCAGGGACUGCAUACCUCCGCCCCCAUUGAAUUUCGGUCAUGUGAAAUGCAACUAAGACAAUAGAUAAUGAAGGCUGAAGCUUAAUGAGGUUUAUCAUCUCAUUAUUGUCUUCUUAGUACUGCGUGCAUACAUUAUACACGUCCUAAUUACGCAUUCAGUGAUUUUUUUUUAAUUGACCAGGAAAAGCAAGACAGAAU